AUGUGCAGAGCCAUCGAGUCAGGUAUCCGUAACGAGACGAGUGCCAGUGCUGAUCCAAGCAGUCAUAUCGCAAGCGCAGUGAGCGAGGGGGAUAGCGCGUGCGAGACAGGUCCAUAUCGAGGGUUCAAUAGCCAACAUCACUACCGAUGCAGGUUCGAGAUGCGAAGCAUGUGCAGUGUGCCAAAAGUUCGCCAACGGAGUCGAAGUCCAUCAGUCGCAGAUAGAGGGCUGGAGUCGCAGACAGUAGCAGAUCCAAGCGAGGUCAGUUACGCCCGCGCGUGUCAGUGCGCAUGCGAGGAUCAGGGUCCGACAGGACAUUCGCGCGACCGAUCAGGAUCCAACGAACAGAUCAUGUCGGCCAAAGCAGUCAUUGGCGCCGACGAUCCGCGACAGGGAUCAAUACGGCGAUCUGAGUAUACAGGACAAGUCGCAGGACCGCAGCAUUCAAUCACAAGACAGGAGCGCGCGGCCGAUUGCCCGCAGGCAGUGGAUCAGUCCAACCGUCAGGCGCAGACUCGGGUCGCUGGACCGAUCAUUGCCUAG